AUGGCGAAAUAUUGUCUGAAGAAAGCCAGCAAACGACAGAGCUGUGCAAAGCGGUAUAAGAUUGAAAAGAAGGUUAAGGCCCACAACAAGAAGGUGAAAAAGGAAGCUAAAAAACUUGGUCGGAAAAAGAAGGCCGAGAAGGUUAUCACAGUUCCGAAGGCUUGUCCUUUUAAGGACGAAAUACUCAACGAGGCAGAGAAAGCGCGAGAGCGCAUUAAAGCUCAAAUGGAAGCAAAGAAGGAAGCUGCAAAACAAGCGAGAGUAGAAAAACGAAAGGACACCUUGCCGACAGAUCUCCAUGCAUUAUCAGCGAAAGCAGCUAAGGAGGGGGAAGAGUUUGAAACGCAGCAGGAAUUGAAGAAUUCAGCUGUGAAAGAUUUCAAUCCGCUGUGUGAUCGGUCCAUCAAAGCUUAUGCGAGUGAAGUGAGGAAAAUGAUUGAAACAGCCGAUAUUAUUAUACAGGUUCUAGAUGCACGGGAUCCUUUGGGAAGUAGGAGUGCUUCAGUCGAGCAGCAGGUGCUGAAUAAUGGAAAACGACUUGUUCUGUUGCUCAACAAGAUCGAUCUCGUUCCGAGGGAAAAUGUUGUGAAAUGGCUCGCAUAUUUAAGAACACAACUACCUACUGUUGCAUUCAAGGCUAGCACUCAAGAGCAAAAUACCAAUAUCAGUCGCUUCAAUAGCUCGAAUUUGAACAAUUCUUCUUCUUCUAAGUGUAUUGGUGCCGAUAUCAUUAUGAAACUUUUGGGGAAUUAUUGUCGUAAUAAAGAUAUCAAGACUAGCAUUCGAGUUGGGGUUGUUGGGUUUCCUAACGUUGGUAAAAGCAGUGUUAUAAAUAGUUUGAAGCGAAGACGUGCCUGUAAUGUUGGGGCGAUGCCUGGUAUAACAAAGGAAAUUCAAGAAAUCGAGCUUGACAAACAUAUCCGUCUUAUAGAUUCCCCUGGUGUUGUGCUACUAAGUGCAAAUGACCUCGACCCUGUUGAGGUAGCAUUGAAAAACGCGGUUCGGGUUGACUCGCUGAUAGAUCCCGUUGCCCCUGUUUAUGCGAUUCUGCGUAGGUGCUCAAAGGAAACGUUAAUGUUGCAUUACUCAAUACCAGAAUUCAAUUCUACGGACCAAUUUCUUGCUUUGCUUGCUCGCAAGCUUGGAAGACUCAAAAAAGGUGCAAGGCCGGAUAUGAAUGCUGCUGCUAAACACGUGUUAAAUGACUGGAAUAGCGGUCGCUUGAGAUACUAUACGCAACCUCCGGAGGAUUUAUCCACUUCCACCAAAGAAACUUGCGUAUCUGCUGAAAUCGUCAGUCAAUUCAGCAAAGAGUUUGACAUCGAAGCGAUCGAUGAAGAUCUGAAGCAGUUGGUUGAGGGCCUACCUAUGGAAACAGAUGGCACUUUUGUUCCUUACAAUUCAUCAAAUGAGGACGAAGAUGAUAAAGAAGGAGGAAUGGAUGUAGAUGGCAGCGCAGCAGUAGUAGUAAGCAGCGGACGAACCAAGAAAUUAGACCGAGAUCAUGAAGACGAUAAUUCAAUUCCUCUGCCUACCAGCUUAGUGAUCGAUGGAAAUGUGCAGUUAAAUCGCGUAAUGAAAAAAGCUAUCAAGAAGAAAAAACGUGCUGCGAGGAAACAAGAACAACGUGCAGACAAACUUGCUGAUGCGAUGGAUACAACUGCUCUCUGA